UUUGUGUGUGCAUUUUCACGUUUUACAGAUUCCAUGAUAUAUUCUGUUUUCUCUGUGCUCCUGAUCCUGGGGUCUCUGGUCUCGGGCACGGAAGAUUUUUACCCGGAGAAAGAUGAGAUCAAGAGUUAUGCAACAGUUCAGUCCCCGUUCAGGAUGCAGAAGAUAAAUCUAGUUUGGGAGAAGGCGAGAUUGAAAAUGGAAUUGACUGAGACCAAAUUAUCUAAACUCUACAGUGAGCUGAAGGUUCAGGACAAGGAGGAGCUAACCUUAAAAAAGUUUAAAUCGGAAGGUGGAGACAAGGAAGGAUUGAAGGAGAACGAGAUCAGAAAGAAGUUCAGUAUGAUCUUGACCAGAUAUGGUAUGGGAGGAUCAGGGGCUGGUAAUACAGAACAGCAAAUACAAACAGAGAUACCUAAGGAAUUCUUUAAGGACAAGAAGUUACAGAAGCUGUGGGAGAAAGCUGAGAAGUCUGGUUUGACCUCCAUGGAACUGGUUGCUCUCCAGGAAGAGUUUUCGCAUCAUCAACAAAAGGUUGAUGAGUAUAACAGGUUGCUGGAGUUGGCAGGGAAGGACGAGUAUCUUCUCUCCAACAAUAUUCAGAGGAAUUCAGAGAAUGAGGCGUUCGAUAUCAGAGAUACAAAUUCCCUGAAGAAGAAAGCAAAGGACGUGAAGAGCGGGUUUGAUCGUCUCCACAGACUAGCAACUAAUCAGGGUGAAUAUCAGGGGUUUGUUGAACCUAAGGUAGCUGGACUCUGGAAAAUAGCACUAGAAGCAGAUUUUGAAGCUGAGGAAUUAGAAAGCCUUAGACAAGAAUUAAGCCAUUAUGAGAAACGGCUUGAGAAAUUAAGAUUUCUACAGAGUGAGCUCGAGCUAGUCGACGAAAGACGCAAUACGAAGUACGAAGAUGAAGUUGAUGAUGAUGAUAAAACAGAAGGAAGACGAAUUAUGGACAGAAAGCUGGCGAAGAAUAUAGAUGCAGUGGAUAAACUUCAUACCAGCCUGGAAAGCAAAAUCCUUGCGCGGCAUAAUGAACUUUAGAAUCUUUGCGCGGCAUAACGAACUCAAGAAACGAAAAUAAAAAUCUAGGAUCUAGGUUUAUGCAAUAAUUGUUAUGAUUACUAAUUUUUCACAAAACUGAGCAAUAUUUUUCUUUUAAAACAGAUCUUCCAAUGUUAAUAUUCUAUAUUUAGGAUAGUAUGUAUUAUGUAAUGUUUAGAAUUACAUUUAUUGCUUCUAGUUGUAAAUACAUUAUAAAUAAUGAGUAUAAAAGGAGAGGAAGUUGAUUAGGUCUUCUCUUGUUCCAGGAUCUGACACUACUGAUUUGCAGAUCUUAUAGUCCUCGUUCGGGGAUUUCUUCCUCUACAAAUGGCAUUUUUAUUUACUCACAAAGUCAGUAUUCCAGAAAGCAAAUGCUCCUUAUAUAAUAUUUUUUAUUUUCAUAUCUAGUUGAAAAUUAGUACUUUUUAAAUUCUUAACUGUUGUCUUCCAUCUUAUGUACGUAUAAUCUUUUACAAUGAUUGUGCUGAAGUUUUAUUUGAUCUGAAAAUAUACACUAGACAUUUAUAAGAUUUACUUUUUGAAUUGCAUUAUAAUUUUAUUUUAGUUUUACAUUUUAAAUUCCUGUCACUUAUAAUACAUGUCAAGUGCUAUAUUCCUGUGUUUUUAGUCUAGGCAAAGUGUAGUUUACGUUUAUAUUUGUGAUUUAAUUGAUCUGAUCAUUUGUUUAGUUUUCAACAAUUAGUAAUGUUAUAUUGAAAUAUGAUUAUGUUUUGUAACAUUUUAAAAUUGUAUUUGAAUAUUAACAGAUUUUAAUAUAGAUCUGGUUUCAUAGUUCCGAGAUUAUUUGCCAGCUAUUGAUUGUUACUCAACUAAGAACCACUAUCAGUUUCUUGAGAAACUUUUUUUUCUGAUCCACAUUGAAAUGCAUGAAUAGUACUUUUUGAAUAAUAAAAAAUGUCGUCAUUA